UCCCCCUUCCCUGUCGCCGGGUUUCCUUGCAGCAUUUCCAUGCUAGAGGUCUCCACCGAGCUGCGGAGAGAGGAUCUGCCUGGCUGCGCCGGGCCCUCUUCCUUCCUUUGUGCAUCCCCCGGCCCCGUGCAAGCCGUGCCCCCCCGGCCCGGCAGCCACGUCCCCGUGUAAUCCCCCUCCUCCCGGAGCCUCCCCCGGCCCCGGAGGCUGGAGGAAGCCUCCCCCCGGGGCAGGCAGAGCGGGGACAGCGGCCAGGAGCCGGCUGCCACGUCGUGCCACCCCUUCCCGGCCCGGGCACCGAGGCCGCAUCCUUGCCUCCAUCCUCCAUCCCUGCCUCCAGCCUCCAUCGCUGCCUCCGGCCCCGUUCCCCGGUUUUGGAGGCUGCGGCGGGGUCUCCCCGUCCGCGGAUGCUGCUCGCCUCCCCGGGCCGCUGGUGCUAAAUGCUGAGCGCCGACAGGAUGGAGGAGUUUCAGAGCGAGGAAGAGGAGCCCUGGUACGACCAGCAGGACCUGGAGCAGGACCUGCACUUGGCCGCGGAGCUGGGGAAGACGCUGCUGGAGCGCAACAAAGAGCUGGAGGACUCCCUGCAGCAGAUGUACGCCACCAACGAGGAGCAAGUGCAGGAAAUCGAGUAUCUGACCAAGCAGCUGGAGAUGCUGCGGCAGAUGAACGAGCAGCACGCAAAAGUCUACGAGCAGCUGGACCUGACCGCGCGGGACCUGGAGCUGGCGAACCAGAAGCUCGUGCUAGAAAGCAAGACGUCCCAACAGAAGAUCCAGUGCUUGACAGAAACGAUCGAGGGGCUGCAGAACCAGGUGGAGGAGCUGCAGAAGCAGGUGGAGGAGAUGCGGAGCUUGGAGCAGCUCCGCAUCCGGCGGGAGAAGAGGGAGCGGCGCCGAACUAUCCACACCUUCCCCUGCCUGAAGGAGCUGUGCUCCAGCCCCAGGUAUGAAGACGCAUUUCAGGUCCACGGUUCUUCAACAGAGUUCAACCAGAAGCCGCUGGAGCGGGAGAACGAGCGUCUCCAAGCCAUGGUGGACUCCUUACGGUCCCAGGUCAACCAGGAGAAGCAGCGGAAGGAGAGGGUUGAGCGAGAGUACACCUCUGUUAUUCAGGAGUACUCGGACCUCGAGCAGCGGGUGUGCGAGAUGGAGAGCUGCAAACUGCGCAUCAAGGAGCUGGAAGCAGAGCUCCUCGAGCUACAGCAAAUGAAGCAAGUCAAGAAGUAUCUGCUCAGCAGGGAAGACAACUUGUCCGAGGCCCUCCUUGAGCCGCUGAAUAACGCACCAGAGGCGGACUACAUCGACCUCUCGGAGGAGGAGGGAGGGAAAAGUCACGGGCCGUCCAUGACGCCUUCCCCAAACCACCCCGUCCGGAAAAGCUGCAGCGACACAGCCCUCAACGCCAUCGUGACCAAGGACGCCGUGAGCCGGCACGAGGGAAACUACACACUGCACGCCAACAACGUGCGCAAACGGGGCAUGUCCAUCCUGCGGGAGGUGGACGAGCAGUAUCACGCCUUGCUGGAGAAGUACGAAGAGCUCCUGAGCAAAUGCCGGCAGCACAAGGACAGCGUGCGCCAUGCGGGGGUCCAAACGUCUCGCCCCAUCUCUCGCGACAGCUCCUUCAGAGACUUCCGGGGAGAAGGAUACGAGUUGGAGGAGAGGAAAAGCAUGGAGAAGACCAUCAGCAAACACGUGGAGGCCGUGGAUAAGCGGCUGGAGCAGAGCCAGCCCGAGUACAAGGCUCUUUUUAAGGAGAUCUUCUCCCGCAUCCAGAAGACAAAAGCAGACAUCAAUGCCACAAAGGUGAAAAACAAGAGCACCAAAUGAGCCCUGUCCCGCCACAGUUCCCACGUGCUAGCCCACCAGCCGAGUCUUCUCUUUCAGCUCCAGGAAACGCUUUGUGGCCUCACUGCUUUGAAGGUUCGAGAGGCCUCAUGUUAUAUUCUUGUACGGGAAGGGAGUGUCCGCAGUAUAAAAGCGAGAAAACGCCACAGGGACUCAAGUCGUGUCUUUAAGCUUGGGCUCUGGGCAGCUCGUUGGAAAAAAAAAAAUUGUACAUUGUAGUUAGAGGAUUUCAGAAACUGUAUGAUGGAUCUCUGCAUGAGUUGCUGCCGCGGCCAGACAUCACAACAGCAACAGAAGCCACACCACAAACCAGAAAACCGUUCACCUCCUCCCCCCUUUUCAGCUUGUUUUACCGUCCGAUUAUCUGCGAGCAAAAGCCUGGAUGUCCUCCAGCCCUCUGCAGCAGCCGCAGCACGGUGCUUCACAGCAGAACAGAAAAAGCCAUUGGAACUUCAGGGGCUGCUCAAGAGCACCAGCCCAAGCCUCCACUUUGGUUUUAUGGCUAAGAACCUACGCUUGUACCCAAGAGACCUUCACCUAACCUCUCCCCUUUCCCAAAGGGCAGUAUGUUCUUGCUAUUCAAGCCAUUCUCUUAUCAGUCAGGUUUUUCAGCUAUUUACAAUGCAAGCUCAUUGCAACUGGAAAAACUUGAAGAGAAACGUAGAACUGAUUGUUCUGUCUUCAUCAGCGUUUCUUAGUAAUUCAGUCCAUAUUCUCCAGGCUUCGUAGGCAUAUGGGAUUUCCUCGCUUUAGAUCUGCCCCAGUAUUUCAGCCCAGGUGAAUCAUUGUGCCUGGUAGGAACUUGAUGACCAGGGCUUUCCCACAAGCUAGACAAGAAGUGCUAUUACAGUAUCAGAGACAUGCUUUCAUCUCACAACCUGGGUACCAGCCCUCUGCACUGUGCUAUUCAAGAAGACAUCAUUGCCCCCAUCGUAGCAAGCUCCUCCGAUACAGUUUGCAUGGGCUUGCAAAACUGCCUAGCAAUGACUCAUGUGCAAGUAGAAGAAAAAGAGCACUAUACUCGUACAGUGUCAGGAGCACUGGCCCUGGCAGUAGCGCUGAUCACACAUUCCCCCAUGCUUUUGCUCUGAGUACCUUCCCAGUCAAGAGGACAGAUUUCAGUUUUCUGCUGAAAAUAAUCUAUCUUGGCUGAGAUACCGUCUCCAAAGGUCGUCACCUCUCAUGUGCCAGUUCACUUUCCAGCACUGAAAUCUCCUCGCUUUUGCUUCCACUGACAUGCAAACACACAGCCAGAAGACCACUGCAGACUCAGGAAUCACCAGUUUCCAUUUUUCAUAAACUAGAUGUUGACCUUGUACGGUCAGACACGUGUUUUAGGCAGAGAAGCAGCAUUUCAUUACAGCUUAGGCAACACCCUGAGCACUGAGCCACAAGAAAUGAGCAGUUCAGUGUAAGCUACCUAUUCUGUACCAGUCUGGAGAAACUUUAGGCCAGAUUUGGAUUUUAUUUUCACCAGCUUACAAUCCAAAAUCAUGGGUAAAUGGCUGGGAUUUUUGCAACAUUGACAUAAAUAUAUCAGAAUUUGGCUUUGGAGGGGGAAGACUGUUAAAACAUAACUAUCCUCCAAGUCUUUGACCUUGGCACUAUGUGAGGAGCUACCUUUCUUUUACUCACAACAGAAUUAAUGCAAAACUACCCCCUCGGCCCUCUGUAUUUAUUAAACUGAGUACCACUGAGGUAAGUCAGCAGGAGCGCGAUGCCCAAACUGCACUCGCUCCAGAGGUCUCCUCUUCCACCCGUCCACCAUCAAGCACUCCUCGCUUCCAUGCUCUGCAUUUCCAGGUGCCCUAUGGCCCCCAGCUCGAGAAACGUUAGGAGCCAUUAGCACGGGCGUGGCUACCAGCUCUGUAACAGUAUGGAGAACCUUCAUGCCUUAUUUAUUUAUAAUGGAAAGCGGUUGUCUAAAAAAAAUAAAUAAAAACAAACAACAACAGCAACUAAAGCAGCGUCAAGUUGAUUUUCUCGGAGUAUUCCCCAGUUACUGUGCUGUCACAGUAUAUGGCAUGACAAACACCAACGCCCUCGUACUUCAACAUUUGUACUGUGGG